AUGUUUCUUCCUACUUCACAACGUAUUACUAGUACUGAUGGUAGUGAUUAUCCACAUCGGGAAUCUAUUGCUGCACAUUAUCGUGCUAGUGCAGAAGCAAAAUCUCGCCUUCGUAUAUUAAUUUAUUUUCAUUUUCUACUUGCUUUUCUUGUUUUUUUUCAUAUUCUAACACAUCAUAUACCUCAAAUAUUAACACUAAAUGUACCACGUCCACAUUUAUGGCAAUAUAUAUGGCUCAAUAGUGUUUUAGCAUCAAUAUGUGGUCUAUUAUCACUAAAUAAAAAUCGUCUUUUUUUAAUGAAAAUCUUUUUUCAUGGUACAAUUCUAUUUGGUUUAGGUACAAUAGUGAUAACAAUUAUACUUAAUUUAAGAGAAUUAUUUAUAUUUAAAAAAUUAAAAACUAAUCAUAAAUUAGAUGAAAUUGAACCACAAACACUUCUUGGUUUUCCAUUAUUAGUACUAUGGUAUAUAUUUUUAGUAAUAACUGUGCAAAUUCAUGCAUUUAGUUUAUAUAUGGCAAAUGUUUUAUUAUAUAGUUGGCAACAACAUAAAAGUACGAAAUAUUACUAG